CUGGUCUUCAAUCAAAGCUCGGUCAGAGUUGCAUAGCUUCUCUUCUUGAAACAUGUAUCUGGCUUAUAUGCUGCUUAUCUGAACUUUGAACAACGCGGCGACUUGAGGUGGGGUUCUCCUAUCGCGUCCUCCUUAUCACUUGAGUGAUGACCUCACCAAUUGCGACAGACGACAUCCCUCCAGUCGGCAGCAUACCUUCGAAGUCAUUUCAUUAAAUAGACAUUUUAACAUGAUCUAGCUUGGAUGAUGAUUGCUUCAGAAUCGAAUAGGCACACGAAAUUGUAGCUUUUGCAUACCCUCACUCGCUCGCGCCAUGGGCGAGGACACAUGCAUCUCACCACAAUUGCACAACGGCAAUCGGGAGACUACAGUACUCACUAACGAUAACGAUGAAACGAACUCGGAAAUACGCCCUCUCAUCUCUCUCCCAAAUCCCGGUAUCGAUUCAGCAACCACCCCAAAGAAACCACUCACCAUCCUCAACGGCCUCGCCCUCGUCAUCGCGUUACAGAUCGGCAGCGGCAUCUUCACCCUCCCGGCACAGGUAAGCCAGUCCGUCCCGACGCCCGGCGCCGGGCUGCUGGUAUGGCUGCUCGCAGGCCUGCUGGUCUGGACCGGCGCGGCGAGCUUCAUCGAGCUGGGUUGCAGGGUGCCGAGCAACGGGGGCAUCCAGGAAUACGUCCGCGUCGCGUAUGGUGGUGGGGGGCAGAGAAGCCACGGCGACACCAAUGAUGAGGAGGACACAGCGGUGCAAGACCACGCGGCUGUCGAAGGCCCGCAUGUGGACGGAGAAUGUGGCCCGACUCCAGCAGCAGCAGUGGCAGCACGUGCGAGCGGCCGUGAUGAAGUAGGACCCAGGGGCGAGCUCGCCGGCUUCGUGUUCACAUGGACAUGGGUCGUCCUCGCCAAACCAGCGGCCAACGGCGCGAUAAGCACGAUCGCAGCCAACUACCUGUCGCGGCCAUUCCUCGCGGGUCCUUCAUCGUCCUCGGAGGAGGGUGAGACGGGCCUUUCGCCCCUUGCGAGCAGGCUGACGGCACUUGCAUGUAUGUGCGCCAUCACGGCGAUCAACUGCCUGGGAGCCACGUCCGGCGCCAGGGCGGCCAACGUAUUCCUCAUGCUCAAGCUGUCCGCCCUGGCGAGCAUUAUCCUGGUGGGUCUGUUCGCCCUGGUCACCGGGUGGGGUGCUGAUGGUGUGCCCGCGUCUGGGACCGGGUGGUUCGGGCGGCCUGAGGGAGCCACGGAGAAACCAGCGUGGCAGCUCGUCGGGGACUUUGUGACGGCUACGUUUGGCGCUGUGUUCUGCUACGGCGGAUGGGAAACGGUACGAAACCAAGCACAUCCCCCCCCCCCCCACACUCGCAGAGCGGCAAUGUCUUCGAGGGAAGAGGAGGCUUGAGCCGCUCAUAUCGAACCAUGGUGGACGAGACCGGAGGAUGGAACCACUCUGACAACGCGACGCGAAACAGGUCGGCUUCGUACUGGGCGACAUGGCUCAACCCGAACGGGACCUACCUCGCGUUAUUACCGGCGCCAUGAUAACGGUGAUUUCAGGCUUCAGCCUCAUGAAUGCUGCUAUAUACAUCUGCCUGCCCUUCGAGGUUAUUCGGUCGAGCAGCACGGUCGCGGUGGUACGUAGGACCCUCCUUCCCCUCCUGCCACCACCAUCCCGCAGUGAUCAUGCGCCCGCCCGUGCUCAUCCGUACCCACCUAAACGAGCUGGCAGGGACGCGGCUCGCCCGACUGCUUGGGAUGACGCAAGCUUCCCUUGAUGCGGGCGCUGGCUUGACAAACACGAGGUACCGGGCGCUGGCUUGCGGCGUGGGGGUGAGGCCGUUUCUCCUUUCACACAUGGUCACAAAAGAUAGCAAGACCACCUGCUGAUGUGGAACCGCGGUGAGAAGGAGUUUGCACAACACACACUACACUCUGCGGCCGCCGGAGUCAUCUUCUCUGUCGCGGUGUCUGCGUCGGCCCUGGGUGCCCUGAACGCAAACGUGUUUGCUACCUCCAGGCUCUGUGUCGCUGCAGCUCACCGAGGCUAUUUCCCGGCGAUCCUGGCGAAUCUGCACUGCAGCUCCGAGGCGGACGAGGUCGACUACUUAGAGCAGGUGCUAGCUGGCCUGAAGCGCCCAGUGUUCUCUGUUCUGAAGUCUGGUGUGACUUGGGUCGCCAAGGCAACGAGGGAGUUACGCUGGCGGAAAGGUGUUCCGGUGUGAGUCUCCUUUCCUCUCUCUUGUCCUGUGAUUACUCGUUGCUUUGGAGGGGCGAUGUGUAGAAAGGGGAAGAUAAAUGCUUAGGGCUCGAUGUGACCGGCCGCGGGCAAGGUUGGCUCACAACAUUGAACAGAUACGCAAUGCUGCUGAACGGCCUCCUGGCAGCCUUCUUCAUCCUAGUAGGCAGUUUCAACGGCCUGGUGGUGCUGAUAGGGCUGACGGAGUACACCUGCUUCAUGGCUGCCGUGCUCGGCUUGCUACUCAUGCGCUCACGCGAGCGCUACCACGGGAGCCGCAACAACGGAUUGUCGAAUCGCUCCAGCAGCAGCCGCCCAUCUCGCUACCGCACUUGGAUCGGAAACCCUGUGGUCUUCAGCAUUGUCAGCGGGUUCCUCAUCCUGCGGGCCGUAGUGACCGACCCAUUCCAAGGCCUCGCCAUACUGCUUGUGGUUGGCUCGGGGGCCGCCGCCUUCUCCACGAGGUCUGGCCAGCUGCGGGCAAAUUAGGAGUUGACAAUCGGUGAUGUAUCCGGACUUUUCUAGCCUGCCGGGCGCAAUUUGACCGUCUUCUUGUUGUUGAAUGGAUUGCUCCAGACUUGAGCCGCAGCUUACAUCCACAUCAGGGCGUGAUGGUUUCGGCGUCAGCGUGAGCAACCAUACCCGAAAGAGUGGCGCAUCCCUACGUAUACAUGCACCUUGACAUGAAUCGAAACAAAGCGAGAAUGUCAGCUCUCCCCAGACUUGCAUUCUUGAUGCGAUGUCGCGCACGCCGUGGCCGCCGCAAUCCCCCGACUCUUUUCUCGCACUUGCUACCGAACCGUCAUUGACGGUGUUUCUCUCGCGUCUUGGUGGCUUAGCCUAGGUUCUACGUAACCUCAAGUAAGUGAGACUGAUGACAUGUGGCACUUGCGACCAUGAGUCGGUGGCUGGCAGCGGAGCGUACGAACAUGCAGAAUGCAGGCGGCUGCCUCCUGGCCCCCGC